GGCAACGAAGGAAUGACAGUCCCAUGAAUGGCAACGAAGGAUGACAGAUAGCUACAUUGUUAUCCUUAGCUGGCCUUCCUGCCCAUAUACACAGACAUCUGAAUCAUUAUUAUCAGGAAGAGAAAUGAAGAUUUGCUACUGCCACCACAACACAACAAACCUCUAUACCACAUUCGAUGUGAGUAUGGCUAAUCCCAAAUCCCAAAAUGACGCACAUCCCAUGUGAGCAAGCACACAUGCCUGCUCCCUCUUAUGGCUGCUGCUAACAGUAGGUGAAGGGGAGGGAGGGGAAGGAAGGAAGGAAGGAAAAGUGGGUUUUCCUGUUUACAACUUUCUGAGAGAAGAAAAGCAUAGCUAAGGAGAUGUGGGAGGGGAAGAAAGAAAAGAAAAGAAUAGACAGAGAAGCAAGGAAGCCAGGAAGCAAAACAGAACAGCAUCAGUCUGUUUGGAGAAAAAGAGCAAAGAGAAGAGACAACAAAACAAGCAUCCUCCUCUUUUCUUCAUCUUCCCACCACCCACAUGCCUCUCUUUCCUUGAUGCUGCAAAAAAACUCCAUUACCCAAGUCCCCUCUCUAAUAAAAAUAUAUAUUCAAUAUUACCACAGACAUUCUUUUGCUUUGUUUUGUAAUUCCCAUGGCCUAAUUGCUUCCUCCCUUCACAUAAUACUUACCCUUCCCCUUUCAAUUGAUGAUAACUCAAUCCUAACUCUACAAAAACUUGUGCAUCCUCCCCCUCUCCACCACAAGAACCAAUCCCACCAAGCUUCUUCCAAAAACAAAAGAAUUGUUGAUGCCUCCUCCCCAAUCUGCAUUUAGGUCCCUUCUUCACCAC